AUGAAACUCAAGGUUGGUGUGCCUGUCAUGCUCAUAAGAACCAUUGAUCAAGCUGGAGGAUUGUGCGAGGGAACUAUGCUUACAAUUGUUCAAAUGGGCACCUUCGUUCUUAACUGCAAGAUUAUUUCCGGCAAAAAGGCUGGUGAUAUGGCAUUCAUUCCUCGAAUGACAAUGGUCCCAUCGAACUCUACUUUACCAUUUCGAUUUCAGAGACGACAGUAUCCGUUGGUUGUUUCAUUUGCAAUGUCAAUCAAUAAAAGUCAAGUUCAAACUCUAUCACAUGUCGGUGUGUAUCUACCAAGGCCUGCCUCCAGUCAUAGUCAAUUGUACGCUGCACUGUCAAAAGUUAAAACCAAAUGUGGCAUGAAAAUAUUCAUCAAGUCCGAAUCUGGUGAACCAUCCAAUGUUACUACCAAGUUUAUUUAA